AUGCGCGGCGGAGGCAGCCUGACGCAGCGCGGCGGCGCGUCCGGGGUCGCGGCGGACGCGGGCGCCGCGGACGCGCACUUCGCGCCGGACGACGCGAUCGUCGACUUCUCUUUCGCGAACGGCGAUCGCGACCGCGCGAUGAGCGGCGACCGCGCCGCGUCGCAGCAGCCCGCCGCGUCACCGGGCGGGGCGCAUCUUCAACUUCUGCACGUCGGCGGCGCGACGACCGGCGCGACGACGACGACGACGACGAGCGACCGCGGCGGCGGCGCGCCCGGGCACUCGAGGAAAAACAGCGCGCACUCCGCGACCGGCAGCGCCACCGGAUGGGGGUACGUCGGCCGCGGAAGCACCGCGGGCGACUCGCACACGAGCGGCGGAGGAUGCAGCGGCGAUAGCAGCGGCGACGACGCGACGUCCUCGCGCAGCCUCUCCGCGGUGCCGCAUCGCCUCAAGCCCGAGGGAGGCGGCGGCGGCGCGCUGAAGCGCGUCAACUCGCGCGAUCACAUCCACGACGCGAUGCACACGAUCCCGGGGCUGCACAAGCGAGGCUUGGAGCUGCCGAUGAGCCGCAGGCGCGCGUUUCGAAAGGUGCGUUCUAUACAACACUGGUCCCCAUACGGCCGCGUCGGCGUGGUGAACGCCGUUCCUUAA